AUGGUAGGAGUGGCCUCACUGACCAGUGUGUGUACUGGGUGUUCCUGGAAUGGCAGUGUUUGCAGAAAACCAUCACCAGAAAGCAGUGAUCGUCUGUGGAUAGUGACAGAUGGAGCCCACAGACCAGAUGAUGUAAUCAAUGGGACUAACCUGGUGGCCUUCUUUGUAUCAUCUAGAAAGGUUGUUUGUUUAAAACAACUGAGGUGCAAGACAAACGUGUGUUUGUUUUUCUUCUAUUUAGAUGAAGAAGAUAACUUUGAAUCCUUAAAACAGCCUCAGAAAAGCAAAGCGAAUGGCCUGUCUGCUUCCAAUCGUUCAGGCAGCAGUGGAAGAGCAGCUGAAGUGAAACCCCCCGCUAAACCAGCUCCUCCUAAAGCAGUGACUCCAGCGAAAUGCACUCCUACGUCAGUGUUUGAUUACUUUGGAGGCAGCAGUGUGCAGAGGUCACAUAAAAAGCUAGUGGCUACGACAAAGAGAAGAGCUCCCACAGGAUGCACUGAUGACUCCACUGAUGAAGAUGAGGCUAUUGCCCACCAGCUUCAGAUGGAUGAGGAUGCAGAGCUGGAGAGACAGCUUCAUGAAGAUGAAGAGUUUGCAAGGACCCUGGCGAUUCUAGAUGAGCCCCCACAAUCCAAAAAGGCAAGAAAGGACUCUGAGGAUCAGCAGCCAUCUGCAUCUCUGCCCGUUAACAGUCCAGUCAAACCAGACAGAGCCACUGUCAAACAAGAAGGUGUCGGUUCAAAGGACUCCCCUCCCAAGAAACCCUCACCCAUCAAAGCCAGCUCCAAGCUGGCGCUUAUGAAACAGAAAAAAGGCACAUUGAAAAAGGAAGCGGUAAAAGAAACGUCAGUGAAAGAGAAGACCAUUUCACCCAAAAAAGAAGAGGUGGUCAUCCUCAAAACAGAGAAAAGUUCUCCCAAAAAAUCAGAGUCUAAAAGUCCAGAAGACUCCGAAAAAAAAGGGGUAAACUUACAGGCUUAUCGCAGCUACUCGAACAGAGAUGGUCCAAGAGCACUUGGAUCAAAAGAAGUACCCAAAAAUAAGAAGUCCAUGUUGAAAACACCAGAAAAGCCUGCAAAGACCACCCCUCCAAAGCAAGCAGAGUCUGCAAACAGAAAGACUCCCACCCCUCCGAAGAAAGGCCUGUCCUUCCAGCAGAAUUCACUCGAGAAGGUGGAGCCUCCUGCCCCAAGUGAAAACAAAGAGGAGAGCCUGCUCUGGGUGGACAAGUACAAGCCCAUCUCCUUGAAGAACAUCAUCGGACAGCAGGGAGACCAGAGCUGUGCCAACAAGCUCCUACGCUGGCUCCGCAACUGGCACCACAACACUGCCGGUGACAAGAAGCCUGCAGCAAAAUUCAGUAAAUUUGCUGGAAAAGAAGAUGGCUCCACCUUCAAGGCGGCCUUGUUGUUGGGUCCUCCUGGUGUGGGUAAAACGACCACUGCAGUGCUGGUCUGUGAGGAGCUGGGAUUCAGCUAUGUGGAGCAAAACGCCAGCUGCACCCGCAGUAAGAACAGCCUGAAGGAGGUGAUUGCUGAGUCACUAAAUAACGCCAGCAUCAAGAACUUCUAUUCAGGCACCUCUCACACAGUGAGUAGUAAACAUGUGCUGAUCAUGGAUGAGGUGGAUGGAAUGGCAGGCAAUGAAGACAGAGGUGGAAUUCAGGAACUGAUCGGUCUUAUUAAAAACACAAAGAUCCCUAUUAUCUGCAUGUGUAAUGAUCGGAAUCACCAAAAGAUCAGAUCCUUGGUCAACUACUGCUUUGAUCUGCGUUUCCAGAGGCCACGAGUGGAGCAGAUUAAGGGUGCCAUGAUGUCGGUCGCUUUCAAAGAAGGUUUGAAGGUCCCACCCCCGGCUCUAAAUGAAAUCAUAUUGGCUGCUAACCAGGACAUCAGACAGGUGCUUCACAAUCUCAGUAUGUGGUCUGCCCGGGAUAAAGUGCUUUCUUAUGACCAGGCCAAAAGCGAUGCCAGUAAGGCCAGAAAGGAUAUUAAGAUGGGCCCCUUUGACGUGUGCCGAAAGGUAUUUGCUGCUGGUGAUGAAACUGCUCACAUGUCCCUGAUAGACAAAUCAGAUCUCUUUUUUCAUGACUGCUCUCUGGCACCUCUCUUUGUCCAAGAAAACUAUAUCCAUGUGAGACCAGCUGCGGCAGGCAGCAAUGUAAAAAAACACCUGAUGCUCUUGAGUAGAACUGCUGACAGUAUUUGUGAUGGAGAUCUAGUGGACAGACAGAUUCGCUCUAAACAGAUGUGGUCAUUGUUACCUACACAGGCAAUUUACGCCUGCGUCCUCCCUGGAGAGCUAAUGAGAGGACACAUGGCACAGUUCCCUUCCUUCCCCAGCUGGUUAGGAAAGUUUUCAUCAACGGGCAAACAUGACCGCAUCAUUCAAGAACUUUCAAUGCACAUGUGUCUGAGGACACAUGUUAGUAAGAGGGCGGUGAACAUGGAGUGUCUUCCAUUCUUGAGGGACUCUCUGGUGAGGCCAAUGGCAGAGCACGGGGUGGAGGGGGUCCCCGAGGCUGUGCAGCUCAUGGACGACUAUUGUCUCAUGAAGGAGGACGUGGACAACAUCAUGGAGAUCAGCACCUGGGGGGGGCGCCCAGACUCCUUCUCCAAGCUAGACCCAAAGGUUAAGUCUGCCUUCACCCGUACCUACAACAAGGAGACACACUUAACCCCCUACUCGCUGCAGGCUGUAAAGAAGGCAAAACGUGGAGCAGGCUCGACCGUGGACUUCGGAGAUGAAUUUGGCACAGAGGACACCCAACCAGAGGACAAGGAGUCUGAAGACACCAUUGAAACAGAUGCCAUGAUUAAGCAAAAGAAAGCAAAAUCUUUCAAGUCAACAAAAGAUCAGAAAACCACUGAUUCUGGAAAAGGGAAGGGGAAAGCAAAGAAAACAAAAUGAGAAGACUGUGUUUUUUUUUUCUGUAGCAUGCUUUUUGUAGCUGUGCUGUCUGGGGCUUGGGACAGAGCAGAGAUUGCAGAAGGGUGCUUCAUUCCCUGGAUUUUUAUCUGGCUGCAGUGCCAUUUGAGUGCUUAUUUGAACUAUUCUCUUCUGCUGGUAUGGUGGAAGGAGAAUUGUACUAUACAUAUAUAAAAAAACAAACUUGUGAUAUUCUGCGGUUUGUACAUUAAUACAAAUGUAGUAAUAUGUAAAGAAUUGCAAUAAAAUACAUUUCAUAUAAAAACAUGGGGUUUUGUGUAAAUACUUAUGACGUGGAAGAUGCAUACAAAUUGUAAUUUAAGGCAAGUACACUGUUACUGAUUUAUUGUGCCUCUGCAAUCACAGUUGUCUUUUAAAUAAUUAGUAAAAAUAAAUCCAAAGUUACCAAUUCAUAGUAAAAACAUAGCUUGUGCAUUUGUGUGAUCUGAUGCAUAUUGUUGGUUGACUAGUGAUGUAUGGCUUAGCAGGCAGCACAUGUGACUUGGCAUGUGCAGGGAUUGCUAUUUCUGUAUGUGGUGUCUGUUCCAAAAACACCUUCACAUUGUACACAAAUGUGUGAUAGAGACAAUCAUUGACUCCAUGCUAUGACAAGAGAAAAGGAAUCUGAGCUGCAAAUCUCCCACCCAAUGAGAAAGGAAGCUGUGUAAGGUUGGUGGUACGCCUUCACAUAGAUGGGACUCUGGUACGUGGCAACCGGAAGUCGGCCAUUUUGGAGGAAGCGUGUAACUGCGAGUUUGCUAAACAAAUCCAAUCCGCUGUGGGGCAGACAGUGAUCACAGGGAGGACUUUGGCAGUAAAAAGUGGAUGCAGCUUAUGAUGGAGUUAUAUUUGAAAUAAACAGUUUUGCAAACAAAAUACUGUCCGGACUUUCCUUCUGUCGCUCACACCUCUCACCACCUGACACAUGCGCAUUCUUUUUAGGAAAUAAAGGACAAUGAUGAAGGGCCAACUGAAUGCUAAGCAGUGCACAUUUUCUCCUAUAAUCUUACACCAGCAGGAAUUAAAAUAUUUAUUCCAAUUCAUAGCAAAUCAUUCCUAAUUCCAAAAGGCUAAUAACCGAGACUUCAAUUUAUUUAAUAUUUUACUGUAUUUGAAAUCUUCCCAAAAACACUGCACUUGAUUUCCAUAUUAUGUUAAACUGCUACAAUACUAGAACUUGACAUUCUUAGCGUCCAUAUUCCACAGAACAGUACAGCAGUCUACGGCUAAGAGAACACCCCUUGCAAAGCAAGCGACGUGUUCUCCAAGACUAGUUGACCACAGGACAAUAUGAAUCAAUCAAUAAAUACUUAUUUAUUACUUGUCAUGAUGCACGUGCAUCAACAUAUGAAAUGGAC